GUUUUUAUUUACAAUUUACUUGAGUCGCGUUUAAGUAAAGUCAGUUUAAAAAAUGCAUUCCAAGAAAAAUAAAAAGUGUUUAUUGCUUACCUUGGUUUUGUGGUCACUGGGAGGGGCGGGCCUAUGUUAUGUAGUCGAACCACCGAUUGUUCACGUAGAAAUGGACAAAGCCGGCAUGCACAGGACCCUUAACUACCGUAUACGAUUCGACAUUCCGCUGGUAGGCAAGGACUGUGAGUAUGCGCUGCUGCAAGAUUUCCCCGCAUCCGUUUAUAUAAGCACAGACGAACUGGAUGACCUGCAGCGUUUGAAAAGGUUGAAUGCCAUCUACCCCAAGUUCGUCAACAUUGAAGUGGCCACGGAACGGGCGCAGCCCUUCUCGGUUUUACUGCUCGGUACACCAAAGAUAACGGAAUCGCUGGCUCUGCCCGUGCAUUUUCGCUACCAUGCCCCCAGUGAUAAGCGAUCGGUGGCCACGGUGGCCAUACCCUUACCCGAGCUCUAUCUUAACUGCCCGAUGGCUGAUAGUGCGCUCAUCGAAAACGAGUUGAUUGCCCGGCCCGAUAAGCUUUACUGCCUGAAUGCGCCGGAAAGCCGUUUUGACGAGAACCACGUCAAGGAUGGCCAGCCAACGACCAUGGAUAAUCUGGAGCGUUGCAACUGGCGGCGGGUGCACGUGGACUGCCAGCUGAAGAUGCCGCUGCGUGCCGAGAUUCCGGUAGGCCAGGCUAACGCCUACGGUCCGGUUCUGUGCGGCACCAUCCUGCUAGGUUGGUCUUUGGCCCUAUGGACAAUCAUACACUCGAUGACCAAUACGCGACGCAUUAAUCAGCGCCUCAACGAGCAGCGACUUCUGCAGCAAAAAGUCAAGUAACAGGCGACGAAG